UGAAAAUGGCUCGUCAUAGUAAGAUUCAGCUGGAAGUUCUUCGCCUGUACAAGCAGUGUCUCCGAGCAGCUGAAAAGAAGCCAGGGUUCUAUGAUAAUGUUCAGUAUGAGUUUAGAAAAAAUGCCACCAUUCCAAAGACGGAAAUCCUGCGCGUGGAACACCUGCUGAGACAGGGAUGGCGCAAGCUUAAGAUGAUGCAAGACCCUUUUGUCAACAGCAUGGGCCGCUUCCAAAAGUGAACAAUGUGUCAAUCUUAGAUGAAAAAAUACUAUAUGUUGUGCCUUUGGAAUUAAAUUUUCAACUUGAUAAAAGCUAAAGAAAUUUGGUCAUCAGGUCAGUGAGAAAUUUAAUUGUGUUAAAUACUUCCUGCCUUGUAAACAUGGGAAGUAAGGUUAUUUAUUUGCACAAACUGGGACGCAUGCCAUACUUGGCUGCCUGGGAGCUCCAGAAGAGGAUAGCAAUGCAGGUGAUGAACAACAUAAGGUGUGGAAGGGAGCCUGGCCACCGCCUGCUGCUGGUGGAGCAUGACCCAGUGUAUACAACAGGACUCCGUAAAGAUGAUUAUACGCCAGAAGUAGAGGCAGAACUGCGACAGACAGGAGCAGACUUCUACCGAACCAACCGUGGUGGCCUCAUUACCUUCCAUGGGCCAGGACAACUGACUGCCUACCCUAUCCUCCACCUUAAGUCCUUCAGCCCUGGCAUCAAGUGGUAUGUGUGUGCCUUAGAGCGCACAGUGAUACGCACACUGAGGGUGCUGGGCAUCACUGCACAGACAUCUCCCCACACCGGCGUGUGGGUGGGAGACAACAAAAUAUGUGCAUUAGGUUUGCAAGGUCGCCAUGUUACGACUCACGGAUUGGGCCUCAACUGCAACACAGACCUGCAGUGGUUUGACCACAUUGUGCCGUGCGGCAUCCCAGACAAGGGUGUCACAAGUGUCACCCGGGAGCUGGGAAGGGAAGUGACUAUACAGGAAGUGGAGCCACACUUUCUAGAGGCAUUUUCAGAGAUAUUUAAUUGUAAAGUUGUGAUGAGCCAGCCUGAUUUUGAUGAAGCUAAAGGCAUACCAUCCCAUCAUGUAUAGCAUUUAUCAUUUUUUAAAAGUAGAAUUGAUUUUAAUUUUGAGCUUUUUGUGUGAUUGCUGAGGUUCAAGUCAAACUUUGAGGAGGUAAUUUAUUGUUUUCAUGUUACUGAUGUUGGUGGAAUCUUUGCAAAUAUGUAAAUAUAUUCUGUGAAUAUUG